AGAUGUGGACUCGAGUCAUGUGACUUGGACUCGAGUCAGACUCGAGUCAUGAAUUUGAUGACUUCAGACUCGACUUGGACUUGCAUAACAAUGACUUUGUCCCACCUCUGAGGUGUGGACUCGAGUCAUGUGACUUGGACUCGAGUCAGACUCGAGUCAUGAAUUUGAUGACUUCAGACUCGACUUGGACUUGCAUAACAAUGACUUUGUCCCACCUCUGAGAUGUGGACUCGAGUCAUGUGACUUGGACUCGAGUCAGACUCGAGUCAUGAAUUUGAUGACUUCAGACUCGACUUGGACUUGCAUAACAAUGACUUUGUCCCACCUCUGGAGCGCGGUGUCGCAGCACGGCGCCACUGCUGGGGUGGACUGAAUGCUCAGCGGCUUCGUCUCGUGUGGCGGGGGGUGGGUGGUGCCUUCGCUCGCUCCGCUCUGCCCCGCGAUGAAUAACCGCGGCGAUGCAGCCAAUGGCUCUUUGCGCCCGCAAACCCCGACCCGCCCACCAACCCACCCCGCCACCUCCACGGAGACUGUCACACGCCACGAGUUUCGCAUCACCACGCCCGCGUGAUGAAGUCCACUUGCCGCUUUUGAUGAUGAUGAUGAUGAUGCGUUUGUCGUUGUGGCAGCAAUCGUCCCCUCCACCUGCUCCCGUCGACUUUAAAAUGCGGCAGGCCCCUCCGAGGCACGCCACAGAGCAACCUGAACGCGACUCAGCGCCGACCUCACGCGUUCUGCGAGGUGGUUAAACACGCCGAGGGUUUACAUUUCAACUCGGUAACAUAGCACAAGCUCACCGUGUGUAUUUGUUCACACACUCGUGUGUGUGAAUAACGGACAAUACACCUUACUGCUCGAAGCCUCAAGAUACAUUUAAAGCGUAUAACUUAAUCAUUUUAGUCCACCACGCACCGUCAUUAAAAGACACAUCGAUUAACUCGCGGUGACAGCUGAGUGACACCCGACUCAUCGGCGUGAAAGGUACCGGGAGCCACAGGCGUUUUGUCGAGGAAUUCCAACAUCGGGUCGGCUUGAGCCGUGCACAGAUAAUGCGAGCUCAGAACCUCGGCGCGGACACAGCAACGCCGACUCCAUCCGCGCGCCGCCUCGCGCUCCGAGCCCGCAGCGCGGAGCUCGCAGCGAGGAAGAGACCGAGCGCGCGUGCCCGACGUUUCGCGGCAGCACCAACCGCGGCACCGCCGCCCCCCGUGCCGACGGCGAGGUCGUCGCACCCGAGGGCGAACGCGAGGCGAGCCGCCCAGGGGCUGCUCAGAUUGGCGGCCCUGGCGCGGUUCUCAGAAAGCGUUUCCGAGAAUUCUCUCCGUGAUCCGCCCAGCUUCGAGAUGACCCACACGAGUCGCAAGGCACCACCCCACGCACACGACGCGCACGGGCUGGAGGCUGCCGCUGCUGCUCUUGCUGCUGCUGCUGCUGGUGAUGAUGAUGGUGGUGAUGCAGGUGCCAGCCCUUUUGCCGGAGCUAACGGCGGCGGUGACGAUGACGAAGGUGGCAGCGCAGACGCAGGACGCGCCGGCUCGGGCGCAGUCGAGGACUUGUGGUCGGGUCUUGCGGAGAUCGGAGCGCUGCCCUACCACUGGCAGAUGCGGAGGCCGGGCGCGGCUUGGGAGAGCAUCCCGGCUCGCGCGCAGGAGCUCCUCGAGCGAGUUUUCUGCAACCCCGAAAACGACUCAGCGCAGCUGCGCACCGAGAAUGGGAUUCUGCCUCUGGACUUCGCCACCAUGGAGGCGAGGAAUCCUUCUGGAGACAAAUUGCUCGCCCGGCGCCUUGAGAGCUCGCGUUUCAGGCCCUACCCCUGCCGUUUCUACCGCAGGGACCAGAACCGCUGGCUCCGGCUCGACGAGACGUCUACCAGCAUCGUCACCAGUUCCGUGGCAGCUGGAAUCUUCAACCUGGGCCAGUGGCCCCUGAUGAGGAUGCGCCCGGAGUUCGUGUCGUCCCUGGCGGUGACGCAGCAUUGCGACGCCCCCUCCGCUGGCGCCGCACCGCCGUAUCCCGGCUGGCCGGACGCUGCCGGAUGCUCGCAGCCCUCGACCUGGGUGCCCAUGGAUCCCGGCGCGGACUUCGUGCGCGUGACCCUGGAGCCGGCCGAGCGGGCGUACCGGGCCGCGUACCGCCUCUUCCACCAGACCGUGUCGGAGACCAAGGCGCUCGUGCUGAGCAUCGAGCGCGUGCAGAACCCCUUCCUGUGGGAGAAGUAUUGCAGGAAGAAGGCGUUCAUGCUGCGCAAGCUGCCGCAGAUGCCCGAGCGCGAGCUCGAGCUGAACCUGUUCCACGGCACGACGGCCGACACGGUGCCCGCCAUCUGCAAGCACAACUUCGACCCGCGCCUCUCGGGCAAGAAUGCCGCCGUCUACGGCAACGGCAGCUACUUCGCCACGGCCGCCAGCUUCUCGCACGGCUACGCGGGGCGCGCGGGACACGCCGGGGACCGCUACGUCUUCAUCGCCAAGGCGCUGGUCGGGCGGCACGCCGUCGGGCAGCCGGGCCUGCGCAGGCCGCCGGCGCUGUGUCCCGACGACCUGGCCAGCGACCUGUACGACUCGUGCGUGGACAACGCGGGCAAGCCGAGCAUCUUCGCCAUAUUCGACAGCGACCAGUGCUACCCGUACUUCCUCAUCCGCUACCGGGUGAUCGGGAACGAGGUGCGGCUGUGAAACUCGCCUUCUCUCGAGCGCUUCUCGUUUGCCGUUGCCGCCGCGACGGGGUAGCGCAGGGGAGCGGGGUCGUCCGCGCCGCACACGUUACAAUAGGCGCCGUCCCCUUGGUUGUGAUCGAGGAAGCAAAGGAAGAACAUGGGGAGGAGGAGAGACUGCUUUCUGCAGGUGAACUAUUGAAUAUUUUUGUAAUUUUACCAGGCAAGGCCCAACUGAGCUCUCUAGCUCAUUUUUCAGAAGCGACCUGGCCAUCACAAAUGACAGCUCACCGAAUACUCUUGAACGCACGUCGAUGCUAAAUGUGGAGCGAAAAACCGGAGGACCCGGAGGAAAAUCCACGCGACCACGGGGAGAGAGAGAGAGGUGCGCAAACUCCAAAUAUACAGCAGCAGGCAUCAGGGGUCGGGAUCGAAUCCACGACCUCCUGUAUGCCAGGCGAGGUAGUUAACAUCGAUAGCAAAGGUAGGUGACGGCAAGCUUCGUCGUCGACCAAUGUGCGCGAGCACUUUGACGAGGCCUAAGCGGGCACGAGCGUACAGCUCUCCCGUCUGCCGCCGGCGGUGCCGUACCGCGCGUGGUCAUCGACGCGCGGGCGGGUGGGUGUCAUCGGAAGCACUGUGACGCCGGCCUACGAGACAGCACCGCGCGACCUCGCGGGUCUCGCGAGAUCGAGCUUGGGUGUUUUGGUGGGGUGGGGGGGCGCACAGUGCACGGGUGGGCGACCACCACCGUGCACAAACAGGAUGCCAUGGGUUUUGCGAGGACGAUGCGUUGGUGGUGGGCGGCGGAGGGUUAGUGGAGCAACAAAAUCCGCAUCGUUGCUGUACUUCUACGCCGGGCUCACCUUCACCGACCCGCACUGACCAAGCGUGGCGAAAAGUGGUCAAACAGCCCCCAUGACAUGGCGGGGGUUGGGGGGGGGGGCGGCGAGUGGGCGGGGGGACGCGGGAGGGGGGGACCAUCGUGAUGCAGUGUAAUGACAGCGGGGCUGUGCGUGUUCAAUUUUGCGUUGUCCCCCGCUCCUAAAGCCAAAGUGACGCUGGAUGCUGUCUCGGACGCUGGCAUCGUUGCACCGACGCUCGUGGGCGUGGGUGCGCGCGUGUGACUUUGGCCACGCCGAUGGGGAGGGGUGGCACGGUGGUUGGCACUGCGCGGCGUAAUGAAAGCGCACGACCCCAGGUUCAUUUGGUGGCCACGGCUAAAAUCGCCGGCGAGUGAAGGCUCACAUCGAAGCCGAUGUUGAGCCUCCCCCACCACCCCCACCGCUCAGUCGAUUCAGCCUUAAGUAGGUACCUGGUGUAAAACAUCGGCACUGGAGAGACAAAGGCGGCUUGGGCAUCGUGGCGGCUUUCAUACGUGCUCUCGAACAGCACUUGCCCAGCCUAAAAAGGCCACGUGGAAGGAUCUUUGCCUUUGUGCGUUGAGGUACCGACCUCAAGGAUAAUGAUAUGAGGCUGAGAAAAAAAAUUGAUAUGUCCAUGUUUACAACAGCUAGACUGAAACUUAAAUAGUCACUUAUAAUACGGUGGAGAUGUUGACGUUUUGAAACGAUACUUUCGGUUUUACUACAGUAUUGACUAACCCGACCCUUGACCCGGGCAAGUACUGUGUACCUACGUUAGUUUAUAAAAUAACAUUGAUAUAAAUGACAAACUUUUUUUCGACGGUCGUACAAUCAUGUGUGCGGCAUUUCGUUUAACAACUCCAGAGAAUGAUAUGCCAUUUCAUAAUGAAACUUUGUGGUUUGUUAACCAUCCCAAUUCCCUGAUGCCAUCACCCUGAUACACAAACACCUAUCGAUGAAAAAAGAAUAGCCUUUAACCCUUUUCUGGCAAUAAUACGGGAGGUGUUGAAAUGUUCAAACACCAAAGAGACACAGCCUAUUUGCAAGGCAUCAAGUUUGCAUUAACCACACAUGCUUGUGGUUCAACCAAGCUUGAGGUUAAAUAGUCCCAUCGAUACAAACACCUCUUGAUAUGUAAAUUAUUUUGUCAAGGCGCUCUUCCCCCUCCAACUCAGCUUAAAUAUACGCUGCCAAGCCUGGUGGUGUUUCAUUCAGACGCUGUCUUUCCGACAGACCUGUUCUUCACCUGAGGAUGGCUGCUUGCGUUGUGGCCGAAACGUCGUGAGAAUUAUUUUAUUAUGUUUUAUUUUUAUUAUUUUAUUAUUUCCCUUCUACGUGACUUUACCGAAAGAACCAAGAAGAUGAAUCCCUGCAGUCACGAAAGCUUUAAAUCGAAAAACACCGAAAGUUAAUUUUGGAUAUCUCCCCUACCACACAAGGAGCCCGUUGCUAACGAGUCCGCCAUUCAGCGCUCUGUUCCACGCUCUACACGACUCGCAGUGGCGUGACUGUCGUGGUGUGCAGGCGGUGCAACUGCCCCACGCACCGGGCUACGAAAAGAGUGGGAAAUUGACAAGGGGACCCUCUCCGUCCCCCCCCCCCCCCCCCAUUGAAUUCAUUCCACCACGGCCCCAUGGCCAGAGGUCGCAACCGGGAACCCGAUACCCGUACCCUACCCGAUACCCGGCUACCCGUACCCGGCCGGGUACGGGUACCUGUUUGCGACCCUGGUGCGGCCGGGUACGGGUACGGGUAGACCGUGAGUCACUGGUGAGUAACUGUUUGUCACUCAUUUCCCAACGGAUUAUCUCUUCUCACAAUUCAAGUCCCUAGAAUCAACCCACCCGCGCCUGCAACAUGGCUUCAUCCCAGAGGUCGCAAUCAGGUACCCGAUACCCGUACCCUACCCGUACCGGUCGGGUACGGGUAGGGUACGAGUACGGCCGGGUACGGGUACCCGUUUGCGACCCUGGUGCGGCCGGGUACGGGUAAGGAAUCAAAACCCGUUUGCGACCUCUGCCCAUGGCCGGCCACGACACCCAUUGCUUGUGCACUCCUCCUACUGGCGCUGUCUCGCAUCUUGUGAUCGUCAUGUUCAGGGUUCCGGAGCCGCACGCGGCUCUUUCAGGGCCGUUUCGAGACGUUAUUUUAUUAACUGCCGUCUCGCAAUCACCACAGUGCAUUGCUGCUCUUAAAAUAUUUAGGGUUUUUUUUGUUUACCGAAUCCGACAACUAAAAUGUCUCUUCUUAAUAAUUUUGGUUUGUCGACCCCCGGUCUGGUCAUGUUUCAAACACUAAUUAAAUGCAAAGCGUGCGUCACUUUAAAUGGUAACAUUCAGAGUGUGUGACAUCAGUUUCAAGCAAGGCACACAAAAAAUGUGUAAACAGCACACAGCCAUUGUGCACAUGCAACAACAACAACAAACCCCAUCAGCAAUUUCCUUCCCGUCAUGCACACACAUGGCUGUGUGCAUUUGACACAUUUCUAUGCGGUUUAAACUUGUGGUUUUCUGCGGCCUACGCUAUUUUUCCGUAACGAUACCAUAUCGGCGCAAAUGCACAGGAAAGGACGCUGACUGUUGAGCACACAGCGAAACAAUCGUGAAAUGUCGGUAACUUAAUGCUGUGUCUAAUAUUUCCUGUCAGUUCUUAGACAUUGAACAAACAAAAAAACCCCAAGAGGUAUUAUUGUCUUCAUGUGUACCAUCUAACAAGUAGUGCGGUGGCUUUAUCAGUUCAGACGGGGCGAAAAGCUGUCCCUAUAGCACGAACUUAGCUAAGGUAUUCAACACAGCUUGUCUAUGAAAGCUGAUUAGAAUUAAAAUAGAUGUUUAUUUGACUUUAUUUCCUUAACACUUUGAGUCUACAUAAGAAUAAAAAUACACACUACGAUGCCAUCCCUAAAUAUGCCUCGGCAUGUCAAUACUAUUAAUAUUUAUAUUUAAGCAUGUUGUUAAUUGCUGUUUAAUAAUUGGAUAUUUAGGUAUAAACUUUACUGACUUGUGUGAAAUAAAGUUUAAUAUUUGGAACGGUGAACAAGUCUUUUCG